CUUCAAUGAAAACAAGGAAGGAACUCACAAAAUGUAACCUGCGCUGUAUCGUUUUCAGGGACGCAUCGUGAGUUAGAACUGAUUAAAGGCAUUUCAAACGAAACUAAGUAUGUGUCAGUGCUCGGCCAACCACAAAAGCAGGUUCUAACAAAUGACAAGUAAGCAAGGGAGAUCACAUACGGAACUGGUUUGUGUUAGAACAGUGAAUUCCAUGUGUAUGUACAUCUUCAGUGUUACUGACACCGCCUGACUGGGACUGACUGCUGUGUUGAAUCGUCGCUGGUUUACACAGAAAUUUUUUCUAGGGUCAUAAUGGAUGCCAGACACAAGAAAAUUCUGCAAAGCAGCCGCUCCAUGCUGGUGCAUGAAUUGGAUCCAUCUCAGCUGUACGACGGACUGAUUUCCAGAGGAAUUUUCAGUCAAGACAUGAUUGAUGAAAUAAAGGGUGCAGGACCUCGCAGAGAUCAGGCCAGGCAGCUUGUGAUAGACCUGGAGACUCGUGGAAGACAGGCUUUCCCUGCCUUUCUGGAGUGCCUUGUGGAAACAGACCAGAGCCAUGUGGCAGACCUCCUGAGCGCUGGCCUUGGGAUUCAGCCACCUCGUUCCCUUCCCAUUCAACCCAUCCCAAUGCCCAUCCCAAUACCCAUCCCUCACAAUGAUGGAACACAGCAAAAGGAAAUGGACAAACCAGACAGAGGAUACAUAUCUAGAAAGGGCAGGCAUGAUCACCCCAUUCCAUGUUCUGAAGGAGAUGAGCCGCCUUCUAUUCCCAGAAUAAGGAGAGACAGUCUUCAGAUGUACAGAAUGGAUGCAAGGCCUUGCGGUCAAUGCCUGAUUGUUAAUAACGUGGAAUUUCAUCCAAACAGUAACCUGAAGAACCGCACAGGAUCUGACAUUGAUUGUGCCAGACUUGAGAAACGGUUCAAGUCAUUUCACUUCAUUGUUGAGGUGAAGAGAAACCUCACAUCGCAGGCAAUAAGACGAGAGCUGUAUGCCUUGUCACAGAAAGACCACACCGCCUUCGACUGCUGUGUUGUAAUAAUCCUGUCCCAUGGCACAGAGGUGAACCACAACAGGUUUCCUGGUGCUAUCCAUGGUGUUGAUGGCCCAAUAGUUCCAGUUCAGAAUAUUACCAAUUAUUUUAAUGGACAAAACUGCCCAACACUACAAGGAAAACCCAAGAUCUUUUUCAUCCAAGCCUGUGGUGGAGAUCAGAAAGACAUUGGGUUUGAGGUCUCUCCAGAUGAGUUUGAGCCAGCGGCCGGUGGCAUUGACAAUCACACAGACGCCACGCCGAUGUCACCCAGGGAGGAGCUUGGGAAAGACUCUGAUGAGCCCGAUGCCAGAGCAAGCCUGCCUACUCCCAGUGAUAUCUUAGUGUCGUACUCCACUUUUCCAGGGUAUGUGUCUUGGCGAGACACACAAGCAGGUUCUUGGUAUGUGGAAACUCUAGACAAUGUUUUGGAAGAAUUUGCUGGAUAUGAAGACCUGCUUACUUUGCUGACGAUGGUAACAGACAAGGUGUCACAGAUUUCAGCUAAAGGAAUCUUCAAACAGAUGCCUGGAUCCUUCAAUUUCCUGCGGAAACGCCUCUUCUUCCAAGUGAACUAUUGAAUGACCAGCCGAAUACUCUGUCAUAAUUUUCCUACACUAUUCAAUUUACAACUUGAUGCAAUUAGCUUGUCCCCUUUGUGCUAAAUGAGUCAAACUGCAAAAGGCAAAGUCUCCCAGUAACAGUGAAGUAUUGAGUGCCUGGAAGGGCAAGGUAUUUAAUGCACUGUGCUGAACAGGUGAAAUGAACACUUCACCUUGUGUUCGACAGAUGUGUGUGUCUCAAGAGGAAAAACUUCAGUUGCUUCCAGUGUCACACUAAACAUUCCAAGUUGUUUGUAUUUGUGGUGUAUUUCAUGGAAUGACUUUAAUUUGGCACAAAUUUCCCUACAAAGUUGCGCAAGUAGAAAAGCACACCUCAAUCCCACAUUCCCUGAUACCUUCACAGUUCAUAGCGGUGCAGGAUUGGGCCAGGUGGCAUGGUGGUUUUGAAUGCUGAGCUGAGAUCACCAAACCCAGGCAUCCAUUUGCCUGCUGUACCACUGAAACUUGCGUAUUUGCAGUUUUGCACUCUUAGCAUGGAAGGGACCAAUCACAUAAGUGCAUUUCAAUAUUGUCAGCAUUACAUUUUGUACAGAAUAUAUUUUUUUGAUUGAAAGAAAUUGUCUUCAUGUGUGAAUACUGUGUCUCUGUUCCUAAUGAACAUGUUUACUAGUCACAGGAAGUAGUGUAACAUACCGCAUGCAGUGACAAUCUGACAGGGGAAACAUUGAUCUUGAGAUUCCAUUGGAAUACAUAGAUUUUUAUAUCGAGAGAUUUAUUUUCAUAUGUAAUUGUUAGACCUAAUCUUGUACUGCUUUAAUGAAGUUCCAACUGUAUAUCACACAGUUUUGUUUUUCUGUUGAUUUUAUUAGUAUUUCUUCAAGGGUUUGUUUUUGAUAUCUUUUUAAUGGACCAGCUUAUGUUGACAAGUUAACACAAGAGAAUAACAAUAUCCAUGUAAACCUAGUGAUGGAAUUACAGCCAAGUUUUAACACAGACAAAACAAAUGUCAAGUGGAUAUAACUGCUAUUUUUGUAUUUUCCCCACUUGUCUGAGGAAAUCUAUGUCAUUUGGUGCACCUCAUUCUUCGGUGUAUUAGGUAUUUAGUUAUUUUGCCCUUUGAUGUCAAGGAAAUCAAUAUAAUAAUGAAUAAUUGUAAAGUCUCUUCUUAUAAUGCCUACAGUUGAUGGACGUACUAAAUGAGAGGUAGACUACUUUAAGAACAUAAGAACAUUUAUGAAUGAGAGGAAGCCAUUUUAAGCUUGUCUGGUUCCGAGCAGUUGAUUGCGCUCAGAACUUUGCCAAGUUGGGGUCUAAAGGAGCCAAAUGCUUCUGCCUCAAUCACAUGACUAGGUAACCCAUUCCAUCCCCUCACUGCUCUCUAUGUGAAGAAGUGUCUCCUUCAAUAACGUGACUAGGUAACUGUGACAGAGAACGAACGAGUCUUGGUUAUAAAUCUCCCUCCCGACAUGUGAGGGCGCUGUGAAAAAGGAACAAGUGUGCCCCACAUGGUCUGACAAUUUAUUCCAGGGAAAGGUGGAAGUUGGCCAUCUAGAAAGGGGGUGGUGCCACGGUACACCAAGUCAUCGCCCCAGAAGGGAAGCGAUGUGGCAACCGCGGAUUGGAGGAAAAACAAUUGCACUCGCCAACCAAGGGGGCGUGACUGAGCGAUCUUAUGGUUGAGAUGAACCUAAAAGGACCGAGAGUAAAAUAACCAUGAGUGAUCAGUGUUUGUUUUGUUUUGGCGAAUACUAAUUGAAGUUGUUUAUUAUUAGAUAGCUAACACGUACCGGGAGCUGUCGCUUGUAAGGCCCGCAUCAACCCAGACAACACUUCACUGUUGUACACCGAUAAAUUGUAUUUCACAACUUGCACGUAAACCACUCACUCUGGACUUGUGGUCGUGUGUGUAUUUGUGUGUUAAUACUUGUAGUAUUAUUUUGGGACUGCGACCUGUUGUUUUGGAACAGUGCAAUACACACUGCUGUGUAUUGCCUGGGAUUAUUCUUUGUGGUCGCCAGACCAGGAUUAUAAAAAUAAAACCUGUUGUUUGUC